AAGAAAAUUUUGACGUCCGCAAGGACACACCACAUCACUCCCCUUCUCUCUCUCUCUCUCACCGUUUCUCUCUCUGGAUACAGCGAAGGACCACACAGCACAUACUCCGCCACAACUCUCAGAACAAACAAACCACAGUAUUAGAUUUUGGAUUAGAUUGCAGCAACUGAAAUCGACCAACCCUGCUGGGGGACUUCCAACCCAUUCACUACCUCUGUCUACUGACUAAAAGACUCGAAUUUGAUUCUUCUUGAUUUUCAUUGAGGCAAUAACUCUCUGUAUUUGAUAUUCUCUGAUACUGUGUCUCACUCGUCACAGUGGAUCUAAAUUUGUUUUCAUAUUCCACCGGGAUCCAUGCGAAAGCCGUGUGAGGAUUGCUCGUCAUUUGGAGGCAGUGGAAUUCUAGAAUGUUCAGAAUCCAAACGUGUUCAUUAUUGGUUUUCUUUGGUCUGUUGCAUUUGUUUGUUGAAGCACAACGCGGUACUUUCAGGCUCAGAGCUCACCCCAUUCUUCUGGUGCACAAUAAGGGCUUUGAAUCCUAUACAUGUGGGUGUGAGCUUGAAAAGCUAAAUGAUUUGUGUAUUCCCAGUUUUUCACACCUUGUGUGACUGUUGUAGUUUAUAGAAUAAUUCAUGUUUUAGAAUUUUUGAUAGUCUCUUGAGUGCUUUCAGAUUUUGAUUCUUAGAAAAUGGUAUCUUCGGGGCUGCCUACUCCUAUGGGUGGUGCCCAGUCUGUUUCUCCUUCUCUUUUGAGGUCCAAUUCUGGAAUGUUGGUUGGUCAAGGGGGUCCUCUGCCUUCACAAACUGGAUUCCCUUCGCUUGUAUCACCCCGUUCUCAGUUUAAUAACACGAAUAUGCUUGGAAAUGUCCCCAAUGUGUCUUCUCUACUUAAUCAGUCUUUUGCAAAUGGAGGCCCAAAUACGGGGCUUUCUGGUUUGGGGAGUAGUCAGCGGGGAGGAAUUGAUUCUGGAGCGGAGUCAGAUCCCCUAUCAAGCAUUGGUGGUGGAGUGGGGUUCAGUGCUCCAUCAUCAUUCAUACCUUCAAACAUGGUGAAUCCUAGUACAUGUGGUCAAGUUCAGGGUCAGCAGUUUUCGAAUGCUUCUGGUAACCGGCUGUUGCCAGAGCAGCAGCAGACACAACUUGAACCUCAAAAUUUUCAGCAUGCUCAACAAUCAGUGCAACAAUUCUCUGCCCCUCACAGUACCCAGCAGGUUCAGCAGCAACAACAGUUCCAAAUGAAUCGAGGAGGGCUACCUACUGUUGGCCCGGUCAAGAUGGAGCCACAGACGAACAAUGAUCAACAUGGGUCACUGCAGCAGCGGCAGCAGCCACAACAGUUGCAGUCAUUAAGAAAUCUUGUCCAAGCGAAACUGGAACCACAACAACUCCAAACUAUUAGAAAUUUGACUCCCGUGAAAAUGGAACCCCAACAUUCCGACCAGUCUUUGUUUCUGCAUCAACAACAACAGCAGCAACAGCAGCAGCAUCAGUUCCUCCACAUGUCGAGGCAGUCUUCUCAAGCUGCAGCUGCACAAAUGAAUCUCUUGCAUCAGCAAAGGUUUUUGCAGCUUCAACAACAACACCACCAACAGCAACUAUUGAAGGCAAUGCCUCAGCAACGGUCCCAAUUAUCGCAGCAAUUUCAGCAGCAGAAUUUACCUUUGAGAUCUCCUGUGAAGCCAGUAUACGAACCUGGUAUGUGUGCCCGGCGCCUCACACAUUAUAUGUAUCAACAGCAACACAGGCCUGAGGACAACAACAUAGAAUUCUGGAGAAAAUUUGUUGCUGAGUACUUUGCUCCCCAUGCCAAAAAGAAAUGGUGUGUUUCUUUGUAUGGAAGUGGCCGGCAAACAACUGGAGUUUUUCCUCAGGAUGUAUGGCACUGUGAGAUAUGCGAUCGCAAGCCAGGCCGUGGUUUUGAGGCAACUGUGGAGGUUCUUCCAAGAUUGUUCAAGAUCAAGUACGAAAGUGGAACUUUAGAAGAACUUCUUUACGUUGAUAUGCCCCGUGAAUAUCAAAAUUCAUCCGGUCAAAUUGUUCUGGAUUAUGCAAAAGCUAUACAAGAAAGUGUUUUUGAGCAACUUCGUGUUGUACGAGAUGGUCAACUUCGGAUAGUUUUCUCUCCAGAAUUGAAGAUAUGCUCUUGGGAGUUCUGCGCUCGGCGUCAUGAGGAGCUAAUCCCUCGAAGAUUGCUGAUUCCUCAGGUUAGUCAGCUUGGUUCUGCAGCUCAAAAAUAUCAGGCAGCUACCCAAAAUGCAACUAACUUAUCAGUUCCUGAGUUACAGAAUAACUGUAAUAUGUUUCUUUCAUCAGCUCGUCAACUAGCAAAAGCUUUGGAAGUGCCAUUGGUUAAUGAUUUGGGAUAUACAAAGAGAUACGUGCGAUGCCUUCAGAUAUCGGAAGUGGUCAACAGUAUGAAAGAUUUGAUUGAUUACAGUCGAGACACAGGAACUGGACCCAUGGAGAGUUUGGCCAAGUUCCCUCGGAAGACAGGUGCUUCAUCUGGCUUUCUUAAUCAAGCUCAACAGUCUGAGGAACACUUACAACAACAGCGGACAAUGUCCCAGAACGCCAACAGUGACCAGAGAUCUGUCCAAGCAAAUGCGAUGCAACACACAGCUAGUAAUGGCAUUGCUGGUGUAAAUAGCCCCCUCAACACGGCAUUGACAUCUACCUCCACCAACACUGUUGCUGGCCUUAUCCACCAGAAUUCAAUGAAUUCCAGACAGCAAAAUUCUAUGAAUAAUGCCUGUAGUCCCUAUGGAGGAAAUUCUGUUCAGAUUCCAUCUCCUGGUUCCUCUAGCACAAUUCCACAGGUGCAACCCAAUCCUUCCCCUUUCCAAUCACCAACACCCUCCUCAUCCAACAAUCUUCCACAGGCAUCUCACGGUGCUUUACCUGCCCCCAAUCAUUUUGGUUCCACAAAUUCGCCUACAAAUAUUCCCUUGCAACAGCCGGCACUUUCUGGUGAUGCUGACCAGGGUGAUUCUCAUAGCUCUGUCCAGAAAAUUAUUCAUGAAAUGAUGAUGUCCAGCCAACUUAAUGGCACAAGUGGUGGUAUUGUUGGUACUACAUUGGGGAAUGAUGUAACAAAUGUCAAUGGGAUCAUACCAACAAGUAACAGCGCAGGUCUGAAUGGUGGCAAUAACUUGGUGGGCCAUGGAACAGUGGGCAAUUCUGGUAUGGGGAGUGCUGGAUACAACACAAUGGGUGGUGGACUUGGCCAGUCUGCUAUGUUCAAUGGACUAAGAUCUCCAAUGGGUAAUAACUCCGUCAUGAAUGGAAGGGUAGGGUUGAGUGCAAUGGCUCGUGAUAAUCAGCAACAGGAUUUGGGGAAUCAACUUCUCAGCGGGUUAGGGGCGGUUAAUGGGUUUAAUAAUCUUCAUUUUGAUUGGAAAUCGUCCCCUUGAAAGCUUAUUUUGAUCCGCUGAUGUUUCAGUCCUUGAAUGUGGCUGCUUGUGCUGCAUGAGUUAUGGCUUAAUUGCCUUGGCCUCGCGUGAAAAUUGCAGUACACGCUGGUGUAGUCUUGGGGCUUCCAUCCUUGUACUAAUUUCAGGGGGGGAGAAAGGGUUAAAGGUACCAUAGUGUUUGGUCAAUUAAAUUUUUAUUUUUAAAUGCUUUAAAGCUUAAAAUUUUUUUUCCUUCUUUUUAACCUUGCUGGUUCUUUCCCCUGAUUUAUGAUUAAAAACUGGCUUUUCUUCGCUAUACUAGUCUUGGGAUGGGAUUUCAGAUUUGAACCGACUGAUUAUUUUUUGGGGCAGAGAGUUUGUAUCUGGGAAGUCCAAUGCUUUUUUACAUGGGUAUUGUAUAUUAGUGGCCUGUCUACCAGCCUAUCUGUAUUUGGUGAACAGUCAACCAUGGUUGGAAAAAGCUUGUAAUAGUAUUGUGAUGGAGCUUUCUUAUUA